GCCCGUCGAGACAAACAGACAGACAGAGGGACGGACGGACGUCGUUGAGCGGAGGUGCAGUUUGGGGAGUUAGCGGUGUGUUUUGAGGGCUCCCGCCGCUCGCUCGCUCGCUCGCUCGCUUCUUCUUUUUCCGGGUUGUAACGCUGCACUACUCGCUGCGAAUUCAUGUCUGGUCUCUUCUGGCCGCUGCACUGCUCUGUGUUCCUGCCGACCUCCAGAAUGACUGAGCUGAUGAUGAGCAGCACAUCGAUGGACGACAUGGCACUGAGCCCCAGCAAAGACCGCCAUUCCUUUCAGAUCUUUCCGGACCCCUCGGACUUUGAGCGAUGCUGCAAACUAAAGGACCGCCUGCCCUCCAUUGUGGUGGAGCCCACCGAUGGUGACGUGGAGAGCGGUGAACUUCGCUGGCCCCCGGAGGAGUUUCUGAUCGGCGAAGAGGAAGAUGAGCCCGAGGACGAGAAGAUGUGUGAAGAGGUGCCCAGCAAGGAGGAGGCCGAGGGCCAGUCGUAGAGCUGAGACAGACAGCGGGGGCGGGGU